UUAUUUUCAUCCUUCACUAACAAAUAUCACAUAUCAAUCAACUUGAGUUGAGUACAAUGGAUUCCAAAAACGCAUUCCUCAUCCUUGGUCUAUUGGCCAUGGUUCUUCUUAUUUCUUCAGAAGUGUCAGCUAGGGACUUAACCGAGACUUCAACUAAUACAAAAGAUGAGGUUGUGGAAAAGUCAAAUGAAUUAAAUGAUGCCAAAUAUUACGGUGGAGGCUACAACCAUGGCGGCGGCGGCUACAAUGGUGGCGGAGGAGGCUACAACCACGGUGGUGGUGGUGGUUAUAAUGGUGGUGGAGGAGGCUACAACCACGGUGGUGGUGGAUACAAUGGUGGUGGAGGAGGCUACAACCACGGUGGUGGUGGAUACAAUGGUGGCGGAGGAGGAUACAACCAUGGAGGUGGUGGAUACAAUGGUGGCGGAGGAGGAUACAACCAUGGAGGUGGUGGUUACAAUGGUGGCGGAGGAGGAUACAACCAUGGCGGUGGUGGUGGUGGUUAUGGAGGUGGACAUGGUGGUAGUUCCGACAAUGGUAACUGAUUAUAUCAUAAUGCAUGGCCGUACUAUGUAUAAUAAAAGAGGUAUAGAGAAACAUGAAUCUUUUGAGGUUAUGUAUUAUCUAUCUUCUCACUAUAUAGUAUAGAUAAGUCACUAUGUGAUAGGAAGUUUAAUAGAAUAAUUUACUAGUUAAAUAAGUUUUAUUAGUAUUUUGAUGUAUUGAGAGUUGUUUUAUAUUAUGAUGUUCUCUAGAAUGUUCUUAGGAUCUUUAAAUGUAGAAUUGGGCUUUAAUUAGUAUUGGGCCUUUAGUUUACUAUCCAUUAGUAUUAUUAUAUAUAUGUAAUGUCUUUGACACUUGAAAGGCAAUCAAUGAAA